AUGAAAUAAGUGGUUUAAUUUAAAUUGAAUUAGACUGAUUAAGUCUUUAGCACUUCAUUAAUACAAUUUUCUCCUUCCAAAUCUAGCUAAGGAGUUUUUAAAAAUGAAGUUUCUGAGUCAUAACACUCAUUUAAAUCAUUCAAAGAAUUGAAGGAUGAAUUUAAUAUCACUCACCACUAACAUUCAUAGUUUUAUGAUUCAUCUUUUAAUUCUAUAGACAUAAUUGUUGAAACAGAAAUGGUAGAUGAAGAUAAUAAAACACCUAAAAUAGCCAAUUUUAACAAAAACAAUUUAAUGAUGAAGAAGCAAUAUACUAGAAUGGAUAAUAAAUAAAAAUCUACAAAUUUUGAAGCCUUUCUUUUGAUUGGAAAAUACUUUUUUAGCGUUGGUAUCCUCGCAUUGCCUUACAUGUUUUACUUAACAGGUUUUAUUUUAGGUAGUUUACUUAUUAUAUUCACAGCUGCUAUGACAAUAUAUUCUAUACAUUUAAUUAUGGCUGUGCACUUAGACAUUUAAUCGAAAGUUGAUCCCUCAUAAGUUAAGUAAACAACAACUAUAACAGAAUUAGCCUUUAAAAUAUUUGGAGUUCCAGGAUAAUUGAGUUGUAGGAUAUUUAGUACAAUCGCAAAUUUAGGAUCAUGCAUAUCAUAUAUUAUAUUUUUUGAGAUCUACAUUUCAGGUAUCAUACAAGAAUAGUGGAGCAAUAAAAUAACAAAUGAAUAGGCUCAUUUAAUAGGAGCUUUAUUUGCUUUUACGAUAAUUCUUCCACUCUCAACAGUCAACAAUAUAACCCUUUUUUGGUAAACAAAUUUAGUAGGAUUUCUUGUGGGGUUAAUAGCCGUUUUAUGGAUGCUUUAUCUAGACUUUAGCUUGAUUUUAGGAACUGGAGGAGUCUAAAGAAGUGAAAAUGAUCUUUGGAAGACAGAUAAUUUCUUUCUUGCAGUAGGAAUAUCUGUCUAUAGUUUUUAGGUAAUGGGAAUAGCUCUUAACAUAAGAAAUAGUAUGGAAAAUCCUAAUAAUUUUAUUCCAGUAUUUUAUACUUCAACAAUAUUAACAUGCUUAAUGUAUUUAGUAUUUGGUAUAGUAACAUAACUUGCCAUAGGAGAAUAUACAGAAGAUAUAGUCCUCCUUAAUUUUGCUCCUUAGACAAUUAUAGGCUUUUGUGUUAGAUUAAUGUACACAAUUUCUGUACUUUUAUCUUAUCCUCUAAAAUUCUAUGUAGUUGUUUAAAUUUAUGAGAAUCUUAAGUGUUUUAAGGAUGAAAUUUUUAGUGUUGAAAAGUAUGAAAUGAGCGAAUAUAAGAAUUUCUUUGAUCAAUCUCUAGCACUUUUAAAACGCUAUGCCAUUAGAUAUGUACUAAUUGUUAGCAUAUUUAUGUUAAGUUUAACAACAUAUAAGCUAGCUAAAAUCAUAUCUUUAGUAGGUUCUCUUGGUUCUAUAAUACUUCAGUUUGUUAUUCCCUAAUUAGUAUAUAUGAGAUACUUUAAAGUAUAAUGGUACAGAAUAAUUUUCGGCAUAACUAUUUGCCUUAUAUUUGUAAUUUCAGCUUGCUUAGGAGUAUUUUAUUCUCUAAUGAGUUUAUCCAGUAAUCAUUGA